AUGUUCAAGAUCCUUGCCCUCAUUGCCUGUCUGGCUAUCGUCGCCUCGGCCCAGUACCAUGGAGUGCCCGAGCACAAGGAUUACCACGAUCAUCCGAAGUACAAGUUCGAGUAUGGCGUGAAGGAUCCCCACACCGGUGACCACAAGACCCAGUGGGAAGUGCGCGAUGGUGAUGUCGUCAAGGGACAGUACACGCUGCACGAGGCCGACGGUACCGAGCGCGUGGUUGACUACAAGUCGGACGGUCACAACGGAUUCGAGGCUGAUGUCAAAAAGGUCGGACACGCUCACCACCCGAGCCAUCCGGUCCAUGCUCCAGUGCAUGCUCCAGUCCAUCAUGCCCCAGCUCACGCCCCAGUGCAUGUGCCGGAGCAUCAUGUCCACCACGGAUACUCGGGCGCUAGCUACGUUAACGUCGAUAAGCACUAUUGA